CAGAGAUACUGGUGGCCCGGCUUUGAGAUGCAGCUUGUGGGAGAGCUGCAGAAACAACAAAACAACUCCCAGUUCUGUGAUACCCUGCUACAGACGGAGGGUAUUUCAGUACCCGCCCACAGUUGCGUUCUUGCAGCGCUCAGCCCUUACCUGUCUUGGAAGCUGUCGUCCUCCCCGUCACCUCCAUCCGGCCAGAAGUAUCAGCUUCAGCUCCAGGCUGUGAAGGCCCAGACCCUGCUGAAGCUGGUUGGUCUGCUGUACUCUGGCGAGAUGGAGGUAAAAGGGAGCGUGGAGCAGAACGACGUGCUGGCGUUAGCUCGCCAGUUUGAGAUCACAGACCUAAAAGAGGGGGGAAUAUGGAGGGCAGAACCCCAGGAGAGGAGGCGGAAGAUUCCCGAGAGUGAAAGACAGAAUGGCUUUCAAGCAGAAAAGGAGAAAAGGAGGGAUGAAAGCAGGAUAACGAAAGAUGCACAAGUUCAGGCGGAUAUGGCUGAAAGGAAGGAUACAGAUGCUCCAGCUGAAAAGAGAACUACUACAUCUACAGGAACACAGACUGUUAUAGCUGUUGAAAGGUCAUUGGUCAGGUUUAUUGAUUGCUCCACACAAGUUGCCCCUCCAACCCCAGAGCCUGGAGCUCAAAGUUUGGAUCUUCCUGUCAUGUUGCAACCCCAAAGCAUCACACAAGUUAAACAAUUAUCCUCCAUGUCUUGCCCAGUCAUUCCCAGCAUGCACAGUGGCGUACCAAGUGAGGGAAACUCUCCAUUAAGCAAUCCCUGUAGAAUUUUGACCAAUAGCACUUCAACUCAAGCUUUGUCCAGGGACAUGUUGACUUUCGGGCUCUCUCUUGAUGAUGACUCGAACUCCCAAAGGCAUCAGGAAGACAACACUGUCCAGCAGUCGUCUGAGUUUGAGGAAAGCAUACAGGUUUUGGCAGAUUAUGGGACAAACCCUGAGAAUGGAAAAAGAGACGGUGAGACGGCUGACAGCAAACGAGAUACAGAGCAGCCAAGCCAAGUUAACAGAGAUGAGACACCAGAGAAAGAGAGAGCAAAGUCUUCAGACAAGAGGCACGUCUGUGUCGGGAUGAAGAGCCUGGCCAAAAUGAAACAGUUGCAGGAGACGACAGAGACCACUCAGAUUUCUGCCAAGGUGAAGCUGAGGAGGAAGAACACAGGAGAAAUGUGGGAGGUGGUGAGAGGGCAAGACACAGGUGACACCCUGUCAAGCUUUACCUCACUUAAACAGGACAAAACACCAAACACAGAUGUUUUACACGUCCCACCUCCUCCCUCCACUGUCCAGCCAAGCUCAGAUCAGAAACCAGACUCCCUCUUUCUUCAGCCGGCCACCACUAACUCCCCCAAAUCACCACCUCACCCCAAUACUUUGUCUGACUCCCAAGAGCCAUCUAACAACUGCUUCACCCCAAACCAAAACGAUGGCAUAGAGGCCUCCCCACUCCUCCAGGGUCAGGGCUCUGUAGAGGAGUCUGAUGAGCAGAUAGAAAAGCUGCUAGAGGACAUCAUGAUGGGCCUCAACAUCCUGCCCAACCUGGAGAGGGACUGCAGUGGGGCUCAUCACGGUCAGCAGAGCCAAGGAGGAGGAUCUUCUGUCUGCCAUAUCCCUGUUGCACAUAAAGAAGCACGCCACAGUCAUAUGCAAGCUGGUGUCAGCACUGCAGGGUGUGUGUUUUACCAGGAUUUGGGGACACCAAAUUGCUCAACAGAUACAGGUAUCCUCUGUUGUUUCACAGCUCAGAACCUGCCCAGCUGCUCCGCACUUUCAUCUGUUCUACCAGACAGUGCCCUGAUCCAGCAGCAGCAGCAGGACUUCUCUUCACAGUAUCAUUCAUCUGUCAGAUCCAUGUGGCAACGAGAUGGAAUGAACCAUCAGAGAACGCCACUCUCCAAAACUCGAGAAAGUGUAUGUCCUGCAGCAUCUACAGCAAGAUCACUCAUACCCUCAGCUUUCUUCUCUGCUGGGCAGAAAAUAAAUUACUCAGCAUUCCAGGAACCGGCUUCACGACCAAAUCUGCACAAAUUUGACAGCUUCCCUCUGGCAAAUGGGAAUGAGCCACAGUCCAUUCAUUCUCUGCCAUUACCUUGCAUGGCUGAUUUCCGACUUCCUCGAUGUCUCUCUCCCUUAGAGCCGUGUACUUCAUCAGCAAAUUAUCAGCGUGUCCUAAACAACUCAAUGAAUAUUGGCAAUAAAUUUCAGCAGCAGCCAUCUCUACAAAGGCGACCCUGGCUCGCAGAAAACCCUGUAUCAUUGCAGCUCCCUCUGAGUACCAUUACUCCCAGAAAAAAUGAAAGUGCGUCUUUACCACAGGAUAUAAAUGGCCGCUGUUGGUCAAAGCUUAGACAAGAACAUGUGGAGUUGAAGCAGCCGAAUGGAGGAACCUGGACAGGAUCUUGUACUGGGAAAGAAGUGGCCACGAGAAAAACGGCAUCUGCUGAUCAAUCAAAUCCUCUGGAGCUUAAACAUAAACCCAGGAAGAUGAAAGAACUCAACACUACAGGUGUUAAAGUCGCACGUAAAAGAAAGACGAGAAAGUCCACCAGUCAUCAGCAAGAUGCUGCUGGUUCUAUAUUGACAUACAAGGACGUGAAAAUCAGUGAUGCAACAAAGAGCAAAAUCAACUUGAGCAUUUGUCAAGUCAGUUUGUCGAGUAACAAUGUGCUGGCGAAGGAAAGAGAAAAGGCAGCAGGCACUUUGAGCAGUCCAUCCAAAUUUGUUAGGAAGCCAAAUCAGUCGUUGGUCACAGAAAGUCUAAGAAAGAACCGCAGGCAGCCUGGGCUGAGCGCUUACCGAACUCCAAUCAAAACCAGGGGUUUUGUAAAAAUAAUCCAAGAAUCACUGAGUGAGACAAGCCCAGAAAAUGUUGUAGCUGCCCAAUCUGUGGCCCAGGGAGUGGUGAACAAACAAGAAGUCGUACGCCGAAAGCGUGGAAGACCAAAGAAAACCCCUCCAGCUCUUACUGCUCCAAACAACAUCCCUGCUGUGGACAAAGAGGACAGCCACAAUGAAGGAAGUCAUCAGCAGACGGUCAGUUUGCCGAAGGACGAUUUGGAAAAGGGGGACAAAACAAAGCAAAGGUGCAAAAAAAGAAGGCGGAAUAGAAGUAAAGAAGCAGGGGAGGUUCCACUGAAGAAGUCCAUUGAGAUAGAUUGCCACCCUGAAGGAGAUAUUACUGACAUAAACCCAGACAUGAGAGUACCUGGGGUCAAUAAACGACCUCGAAUGGUUAUUCUGAAGGAGUUUCAGAAGCUUAUUAAGAGUCAAACCUUAAAGAUGAGGAAGUCGAAAGAAAACAAGCAAACCAAUAAACCUGAAAGAGUGGCAGAGAGUGACGGGGUGGCUACCUUAGACAGCACAUGUAAAAAACCGACUGAGGUGUUCGUGAAGGACGUGGAAAUUGUUAAGCCUCAAGACAGGCGCAAGAGGGAAGGAUCUCAGGCCGUGGUCACCAUCGAUACAAAUCACAAUCAAGUCUUCAACGAAUCAACAGAGGAGAAAAGUAAUUCACAGCGAGAAGAAAGCGGCAGCUCUACCAGUAAGGAGACGAGUGUGAUCUGUGGGGAAAAGCUACCGGCCUUUUCCUUUGCUGCUUUGGAAGAAGUGUCCAAGCUAUCAGCAGACAGGGAGCCGCCGCUGAAGAACCCUGAUGAAGGAGCUUCAAAUACAACACAGCAGACUGCCGUCCAGGAUGAGGAAGGCUCGCCUCCCAGUGACCUGCCUCAGAAAGACAAACCCUCAGAUGACUGCUUGCUGUCCCAGACACCUGAGAAAACUGGUCCAGGUCUGUCCGAUGCUGGUGGAAUCAGCCGGACCCCAGACUGUGAGGAGGAGGAAGACGAGGAGGAGGUGGAUGUCCUGCUGUACUCUCCAGUCAAACUACAGAGCAGAGAGGAUGGACUACACAACAUUCAGAUAAUACCAGAUGAAGAGGAGGAGGAAGACGUGGAUGAGAUUGAUGUGACUGGAGAUGAGGAAGAGUAAAGUUCAGACACAGUUUUAUGUUCUCUGUGGUCUGAUGGUAUUAAGUUAUUAAGUUCACACAAGUGAAGUGUGUAUAUAAGAAUCAGAGGUUUAUUGCAUUCAUUUCGUUCAGCAGACUUGCCUGAAAGAGUUGUUUAGUUUUGAUUAACAACAUGUUGAAGCAUUAAUACAAGUCUGAAACAAGUUCUUAAUGUUGUUUACAUGUUUGUUAAUGUAAUAAUUUUACAUUUUGAGAGAAAAAGGGAAGGUCAGACUGUUAAAAAUAUUCAGAGUCUGUAUUUGUGUGAAAACAUGAUUAUGGCCAUAAUAAAAA